AUGGACCCACUGGUGAAAAAACUGCUUCAUAGUGCUGCGAGAAAGACACACCAAGAGAGGUUACUAGAAGACCUGGGGUUGGAGCAACACUACACAGAGAAGUUAUCACUGAGCAACAUACUUCAGAUUGAUGAGAGGACCAUUACUGAUGAAACUGCCAAGUGUCAAUCAGAUCUUCCAUGGUAUUUUCUGAAGAAACUAAUGAUGGUUAAUGUGACAGCCAGGAAUGCAAAAUGUACAUCAGAAUGUGAAUCUGACUGUGAUGCUGUAUCAGGGAAUACGAAGUUAGAUCUGAGGAAUCUGGUUGAUAGUCCAAACUCAGGUGACAUGCUGAACCCCCUUGACAUCAUCACUGCUCUCUUUCUGUGUUCUGAUGCUUUUGUACAGCAGGAGAUGGCACUCAAAAUGUCUAUGUGUCAGUUUUCUGUGCCGCUGCUGCUCCCUAAUUGUGACACACAACAGUGCACACUCAUGCUUUGGGCCUUGAGAGACAUUGUUAAAAAGUACAGACCUCAGUCACUUUCACAAUCCAAGGGUUUUAUUGAAGACAGAAUUGUUCUCUCUGAACUUCCAAUGAUAUCCUUUGUGAGACUGGGGGAAUGCUCCUUGUCCAAGUCAGAGAUUCUCAAUAAGCUUCUGAGCAAUUCUCAGCAGUACCAUGACACCUUUGUUCACCAUGAUAUGGAGUGUGGCGACAGUCCAAGAAGAAUAUCUGAUGGACUGACUGAAAUUACUUGGUACCUUCCUUGUGGAAACAAAAACAUUGAUAUUUUCAGUGAGCCAGUAGCUGUAGCUAACCUUCGUGGGGACAUUACUUCAUUUGAAACACAGUUUUCUUUUUUGUGUCAGACAUAUCUGCCCAAACUCUGUGCAGGAUUGCUGCUGGAUGGAUUUCCCCUUGAGCUUGUAGAUGGAGAUGCCUCCAACAUACCUCUCAGAUGGGUGAGUGAUGUUCUCUCUCAGCUCCAUGACUUGGUGUCUCCCAAGAACAAGAUACUGGUAGUCACAGUUCUUGGAGUUCAGAGCACAGGAAAGUCCACUCUUCUUAACACCAUGUUUGGAGUGCAGUUUGCAGUCAGCAGUGGUCGAUGCACUCGAGGUGCUUUUAUGUUGCUCAUCAGAAUCAAUGAAGAUGUCAAAAAAGUGCUCAACUGUGACUUCAUGGUGAUCAUUGACACUGAGGGCUUAAAGUCACCAGAGCUUGCACAACUGGAUGACAGCCAUGAGCAUGACAAUGAGCUUGCAACACUUGUCGUGGGGCUGAGUGAUAUCACCAUCAUUAAUAUUGCAAUGGAGAAUUCAACAGAAAUGAAGGACAUCCUGCAAAUAGUUGUGCACGCUUUUCUCAGGAUGAAAGAGGUGGGCAAAAAGCCUAAAUGUCAGUUUGUUCAUCAGAAUGUAUCAGAUGUUUCAGCCAAUGAGAAGAACUUAAGAGACAGGAAACUGCUCUUGCAACAGUUAAAUGAGAUGACGCAAGCAGCCGCCAAAAUGGAAAAGAAAGAGGAGAACAAGAGCUUCACAGAUGUGAUGGAGUACAGUCCAGAUACUGGGAACUGGUACAUUCCUGGACUCUGGAAUGGAAACCCACCAAUGGCACCAGUCAAUGCAGGGUACAGCGAAGCUGUAUAUGAGCUCAAGAAAAACAUCAUCCAUCUACUUGGAAAAUGUGAUUCAUCUGCUAAUGAUAUCUUGGAGAUUAAAGAGUGGAUGUCAAGCCUGUGGACUGCAGUAAAGCAUGAAAACUUCAUCUUCAGCUUCAGAAACAGUCUGGUGGCUGAUGCAUACAUGAGGCUGUGCACAGAAUUCAACAAAUGGGAAUGGGAAUUCAAAAUACACAUGUUCACAUGGGUUACAAAUGCUGAAACAAGAAUUGCACAUUUCAGAAUUUCAAAUUUCGGCACAGUUGCUGCAAAGUGUGAAAUAGCUGACAUGAAAGAUUUCAUCACGUGUUUGAGAAGUGAAGCCUCCACAGUGCUGUCUAAGUGGGAGACAAAGCUUCUUGAAAAUCUGGCACAGUACUUCAAGCAAACAGAGGGUCAUAUCUAUUUAGUAGAAGGAUACAAAGAGGACUUUGCAAACAGUGCAAAGAGCCUUCGACGAGAAAUGGAGAACUCUGUGUUUCAUCAGCUCACUGCAGCAGCAGAAAUCAAACAGGGAAUGAGAGAACUUGAUAUAAUCAAGGAAAAUCACACAAAAGAAAUUGAAAAGGCAGUGUGCGCACUGAUUGAUCAAUGUCGGAAGAAGAAUGUCCAGAUGAGAGAUCAAGAGCUGGACAAGGAAUUUGAGAAGAUGUGGAAUGAAACAGUGAAGAAACUGUCUUUUUCUGAAAAAAAGGCAACAGAUGUCUUCACCAGUGUAUCCCACUAUCUGAGAAUAAAUCUGUCACACAAGGGGAGUCAUGCAUCUGAAUUGUUGAGUAAAAAAAGCCUGAAAGAUUGUGGCAAAAUGCCUUUCAAAUAUACAGAAGAGGGAUUCUGCAAACAAUUUAAACACCGAAUGAGCAAAUGGCUAAACUGGCAAGAUCACAUCACGAUGGUACAAAAAAUGGCUGACAGUAUCAUCGCUUGUUGCAUUCAGUUUGUGACUGAAAUAGUCGAAAGGAAAAACAAUUACUCUGACACUUACAUUCAGGAGAUGCUACACAUGAUUGAUGAGAGGCUGCACAGCAAUCAGGAUUUAAAGACAGGCAUUGAGUUUGAAGUUUCUCUAAAACAACACAUCUGUGGAGUUGCAGCCAGAGUAUUUCAGAAAAUGCACGAAGAUUUCCUACAUGUGAAUGAUCCUUACAGAUGUCUGAGUCAAAACAAAGGGAAGUUUUGUGCUGAUUUUAAAGAUGUGUUUCAUAAACGAGACCAGUGCCAUACGAAGGCAGAAGAAUUCACCAGCCAAUGCUUGAAGCCUGCAGUUGAGGACUUCAUCAACCGUUCCCUGGGUCCUGAUAUCAUUGAUGAGAUGCUGACACAACAACAGUUCAGCACAAGAAUAUCCUUCCAGUAUUCAGUUUUACUGGAUUUGCUUUCAAAGGAUAACUUUGAAAAGUAUUUGAGCUACAUUUGCUCAUAUGAGGAAUAUGUGAAGAAGUGGAUACUCGACCAGAUAGUGACUCACUUCUCAAAUGGUUCUAAGAUUUCUGAGUUUGAGGAUCGUCAUAUUCAGUCAAGUAUCAGGAGCAUAAAUGAUGCUAUCAACAAGGCCAAAAUGAAAAAGAGUGGCAACUUGAAGACAUUUGUUGAUCAUGUGUGUCAGGAACUUGGAGAUAAACUGGUCAUUUCCCAGGAUGCUCUUAAUGCUUUCAUGAUACUGAACAACGCAAACCAGGAACAGUUUGCUGACUGGUUAACAGAGUGUGUAAAUGAGAUGGGAAAAGCUCUUAGAGAAGAGUUCAAAAAAUCAAACAUCCAGAAGAAACUGAAGCAUCUUCAUUUGAAGCCUCAGAAUGAGAUUUUCACUAGACUGAUUGGAUGUGGUAAACAGUGUCCGUUUUGCAAAGCUCCAUGUGAGGCGGGAGGAAAAGCCCAUACUGAGCACUGGGCUUCAAUUCAUCGCUCCAAUGGUCUUGGGCAAUUCAGGUUUCACCACUCAGAAAAACUUGUAACGGAUGUAUGCUCUUCUCUCGUGAUCAGUGACAGGAAAUUUCGAUGCCUUGCAACAAAUUUUGGAUGGCACCCAUACAAGCAGUACAGUAACAUUUUCCCCACCUGGAGAAUUCCUCCUGAUGUAAGCCUCGAGGCAUCAGACUACUGGAAAUAUGUGAUGGCAACAUUCAACAAAAAGUUUGCCGAAGAAUAUAAUGCAAAGCCUGCUGAUAUUCCCUCAACCUGGAAAAGAAUUACAGAAAAGCAGGCAAAAGCCAGCCUUCAACAGUCAUUCAGCAUCAA